GGUGAGAGUGGGAGGGGCUCCUGGCUGCAGGUGAGAGUGGGAGGGGCUCCUGGCUGCAGGUGAGAGUAGGCAAGGAUAGAUCAGAUUCAGGAAGUGAAGACAGAGAGUAAAUGGAGAAAACAGAUUGAAUUAGGCAAAGGACCCAGUAUGGCUGCCUCUGCUCGGCCACUAACAGAUGUGGAUUUUUGCUCCGGAUCCCGUAUAGAAGAGCUAAAUAAACUGCUGGAGGAACUGGAGAGGCGGGAGAGCAGCGCAGUAAAAGUGAAAGACGUGUUACAGAGUUGUGUUCAAGCAAAGGAUUACAUCUUCUCCCUGAUUGGCCAUAUACAUCCCCUGCCUUCACCUAACUCCCUCCUGCUACUCUCCGGAGGCUUGUGCUCAGGUUUCCUUGAUGUUUCUCCAAUUGAUCUAGGCUCCCCAACCCCCUUUUUUUCUCCCCCUAUUUCGUACACUCUCUUGGUUCCCAUUCUUCACCUCCCAUCAUCUGAACCCCUAAUUCAAUGCGCUCCCUGUCAUUAUCAGCUACCUCUUUCCCUGUGGGAUCCCUCACACCCACAUUUCCAACCCACCACCCCUUAUGUUACCCCUCAUAUGGUUUCUCUUUGGUUUCUCCCAUCCCUUCUGUCUGUGGUAUCUAGCAUCCCAACGUCAAUGUCCCCUCUCUCACUGGAAAAGGCAGAAUCCUGGGGAAACUGUGCAUCCCUCCUGCUGUCCACCCCUGCUGGCCUCCUCAUUCGCUUUGACAUUGUUCCUGUGGUUAAAGUUCAGGGAUGGCCCCCAGGAGCCCAGUACGUGGAUGACAUUGGAACAGAUGAUGAUGGUACAACAAGGCUUUUUCAUCUCCUCCCAUGGGGUCCUGAAGGCCAGUGGCGAGUGGGCUUCCCUGGAAUUGAAUUAUUCAUGAGAAGAUGUCUCCCUGUGGCUCUCUCCAGGGUUCUAAGGGCCUCUAUGGCUGUGCUGCGCCAUGCUCUCCAGGAAAAAGGUGCUCCAGGUCCAUAUGUGGUGUGGGUCACACUCCUUCAGGCCUGUGCAAGGCUUCCCCAGGGGUAUCUAUGUCGAGAACAGAAUGCAGCUCUUUGCUUCCUCGGACUCCUAGAAGAACUUACCCACUCUUUCUUGCAAGGUUCUUGUCCCAAUCCAUUCCUCCCAGGUUGUGAUCUCCUAAGGGGUAACCCAAUAGGUCCAUACCUAGCCCGCCGGGUAUCAGGAGUUAGGGCACAGCCAGUUCUUCAUCUGCGUGAGGUUGUAAGAAAUGCAAAAGAGGCAGUGAAAGGAGGGGAAAAAGACGAGAAGGAGGAGAGGGAGGAUAAAGGAUCGACUUGCUAUCCCAGCUAGAUGUGUGAUUGUACUGUAACUAGUUGUCAGAAUGAACACAACACCAUUAAUGCUCCUCUUAUAGGGAGCUGCUUCAUGUGGACCUUUACCACAAAGAUCGUCCAAUCACUUUUAGAAUCAGUCUAGAGGCCUACACUCACUCAACGAAUAGGAAAUGUUACGUUGGUGUAGGUCCUUCUAGUUAGAUUGUUAUGUAAGUGGUUAAAUGUAUAUGAAGAUCCUCCAAUGGUGUACCCAUAUUGUAUAUUUUGGGAUCUUGUUACAUUUGGCACUUUCUCUCCCCCCCCUCCCCCACAGAUUGGCUAACCCAGGCCUCAGUCUCACGCUUCUGUCGAUCCAGCAGCGAGAAUGGUUGGCAUUUAAAAUCAUACGUUGUUUGCACAAUUAAUGAUACAGACUAAUUAAUCAUCGUUUUUUCCACUUUAUGUUAAUUUCGUAAUUCACUGAUCAAUAAGGUAGCUCAUGGUAACGGUUGAGUGCAGUAUUCGCUGAUCUAAAAUUGUAAAAUGUUCACCGGGUACAGACGUGGAGCACGCAUCAUAUAGAGAUUUUACCCAUAAACCCAAUAUCUAGAACAUUGGCCGCGAUGGAAUGGCGAAAUCUGUCGAAGAUUCAUUUGUAUUUGUCUUUUUUUUUUUUUUUAAGAUAUUUACAGUUAAUGGAUGGCUAGCUCCCUUUCUACGUAGUCAGAAGUAGUGCUGGUUUAAACCGAAAUUCAGCAAAAUUUUCCUUUCUUUGGGAUCAAUUGUUUACAUAAAAAAAAUGAGCCAUGUAUGCAGAAAAGGCACCUUGCACGCUGACCCUGCCCUGUUCAUGUGCAUGGGGUAACUGAAGCAGAGCAGCAGGCUCCUCCCCCAGCGCUUUCUGUAUACCAUCACACUCAGCAUGGCGCAGCCUGUUACUGGCAGCCAUUUUCUGCUAUUGGUGACCAUCUGUCACUUUGAAGAGCUGUGAUUGGUGUAGUUAGAUUUACUCCUGCUCUUUAAUUGGAUGCUUUUAGCAGCACCAAUCACGUCACAUCUCUGAAUGAGCAACCAAUGUGAGUGCACAGUACGAUGAUUGACAUGGGUUUUCCCCAAUAGCGGUCAUAAAAGGGGGGAGGUGGUGCAUACGAAUCUGAUACUAAGCGGAAAGCGCUGUGGGAGGAGCCAGCUGCUGGAACAUUACCUUUUAUUUGAGUAGGAUGACAAAGUUCAGCCAUUCUUUUAUGCUGUCGAUCCAAAAGAAGGGAAAACCCCAAUUACUCAUGAUUUAUAGUGUUUAAUGGGAAUAAUGCUACCGGCUGGGAUAGUGAGAGUUAGAGUCUAAUUCCAAUGUCAUUAUUAAUAACAUUAUAGGGAGACUCAAAACAUGAACUGUGCGUUAUAAUUCAAUUUUAUGUUUGUUUAAACUAUUAAAAUCUUU